CGUUGAUAAAUCAUAACCCUAUAGGUACCCUAAGAUAAUUGUAGGAUUUUUUAUAUUUUUGUUUUUUAACUUCCUAAGUUAGUAAUAGGUUAGAUAAAUUCAGCUCAUAAUAAAGAAUGUUUUGUUCUUAUUUUAUUAUCUUUGCACAAAGAAAUUACUCACAGUAAACACGUGACUCAUCAAUUCUCGUGAAUCAGUUAGAUAUUCGUGUUUAUCUUUUGUGUUUUUUUAAAGAAUCAAUAUCUCUGUUUUUAAACGGCUUAUUUCUUUUUUGCGACAUAUACAAAAAUCGUGUAAAUCGAAUAUCGUCGGAAAUGCAAGUAAGCAAACAAACUGGGAUCCGAGAUCUCAGCUUGUGGAGAAAACAUACUCAUUUGUAAUGUGUCAGUGUGCUGGUCAAUAGACGAAAUGUCUAGAAGUAAAAAAAUUUUAUCAUUGAAAAAACGUGAUAAUGAUGAAAAUACAUACAAAUUUGUCGAUGAAAUAGAUCCAUGGGUUGAAUUUAAGCAAUGGAAAAAUAAAACAAUAUGUAAAAGUGAAAAUAAAGCCCGUUCGUUAGUAGCUGAAGAAAACUUGGCAUGCAGCUCCAAAAUAAGGGAAAAUAUUUCUAACUCUUCUUCACGAGUUUCUCCUAGUAUAUCCUCGCAUGAACAAACUAUUACUCUAGAUACGGAUGAUAAAGAUGUGUCUGAUACUGAAACUAUUCUACCCCAGACAGAUAGAAUUAUUAUUCAGAAUAAUGAGAACAAAGAGAAAACAAUAAUUAAUACUAAAAUUACUGAUGGCAACUUUAACAAACAAAAUACGCAAUAUCGAGAAAUAUUACACCAAAAUGUUCCGAAAUUAGAAUCAUCGAUUUCCAGUCAUGAAAUUGAUAUAAGUCGUAGAAAAAACAGAAUAUGGGAUAAAAAAGAUCAGUGUCCUUAUUGCAAUAUCGAUGUUACUAAUUUUUCAAGGCACCUCUUGAGAAAUCAUUUCAAUGAAGCUAGUGUAAAGACUAUUUUAAGUUUUAAAAAGGGCACAACUCACAGAAAACAUCUUAUCGAUUUAUUAAGAAAACAAGGAAAUUUUUCCGUAUACGAUGAAAAUAUAAUAAGACCUGUCCAGAGACCAACAUCCUCACGCUCCGAAAAACAACUAUUAUUUUUACCAUGUAUUUUUUGUAAAAGAAUGUAUCAAAAAAAUAGUUUAAAUAGACAUGUAAAGACUUGCAAUUAUAAUAACAAAAAAAAUUGCUCCAGUACAAGAUAUGCCAGCGAAGGCCAAACACUAAUUGCUUUUAACGAAACUAGAACACCAUUUUUAAACAGACUUAGGCUUAAAUCAGAGGUAUUUAGUAUUAUGCGUGCCGAUAAAAUAUCAUUAACUGGAAAAAGUGAUCCACUUAUAUGCCAAUAUGCAGAAGAUUAUUUAAAAAAACAUAAAAGACCGCACAUCAAAAAUUUAGUAAGCAAUAAAAUAAAAGAAUUAGGACGACUUUUAAUUAGCCUGCAGGAAAAUUAUAACAUUAAUUCUAUAUUGGAAAGUUUAAAUCCAGAAAAUUUUGAUAAAGUUGUUUCAUAUGUUCAGUUAAUUUCAGGAUAUACGGAAUUCUCUAAAGAAUUUCAAGCUCCUUCCUUAGCAUUACAUUUUCGAACAUUUUUACUUAGUGUUUGCUCCACUGCUGAAACCUUAAUUUUAAAAAAAUAUCCAAUUUUUCCAAUAGAAAACUAUGAAAUUUCAUUAAAACGAAUAAAAAAUUUUAGUAAACUUGUAAGUCAUAAUUGGAAAUUUGAAAUGGGAAGUUUGGCCCUUAAAGAUCUAACUGAAAAAAAUUCACUGAAUCCUCAAAGGCUUCCAGUCACUGCAGAUGUAAUAAUAUUCAACACUUAUUGCUAUGAAGUAGCUAAAAAAGCAGCAGCAGAGGUCCAAAAUAAUAUAACCAAUAUUGAAGCUUUUAAAACAUUAUCAGAAACUGAAAAACAAUUAACAAAAUAUUUUAAAAGAACAGUUACCAUUGGAAAAGGAAGUAAAGCAAUACCCAUAUUGUUUCCUACAAGAAUCCAAAAAUAUAUUAAUAUAAUGUUAAAUUUUAGAGAAAACACAAAAUGUGUACCAAGUGAAAAUCCCUAUUUAUUUGCUUUAGUAGGCAGUUCAAAUAGGUGGAUUAAUGGUGCUCGGACUUUAAGAAAAUAUGCUUAUUCAUGUGGAGCACAGUACCCUAAUACCAUAACAUCAUCUCGUUUACGGAAACAGGUAGCUACAGUGUUACAAAUUCUAAGUCUAGAUAAUGUUGAAAUGGAAGAAUUGGCCACGUUUAUGGGACACACAAAAAAAACUCAUAAAGAAUUUUACAGGUUUGACAAUUUAUGCUUAAUAUUUAUAAUUAUUUUUAUUCAAAUUUUUUAGUAAACUGCAAUAAUAAAUACUAUUAACAAACUUUACAUUAAAACUAUAAUAUUUGUUAAAUCAUUAGUUUAAAAUUUAAUAACAAUACAUCAGAGUAUAUUAAUUUAUUUAUAAUAUUGCUUUAAAAAAAAUAAUUAGAUAGACACAUUAUAUGCAAUUAAAAGAAAAUACCAAAAAAGUUUAUAAAAUUUUCGAUUGCCUCAAGAAAUAUUCCAAACUUCAAAAAUUGCUAAAUUACUUUUAAUGCUUAUGGAUCGGGGAAUUAGCAAAGAAGACCAAGGAAAAACUAUUCAAGAAAUUGAUGCUGUAAUGGAUAAAUGGGAAGAUAAUAUUGCCAAUUCACAAGUUCAUACACAAACUUCUCCAAUUCCAAGUAACUCAAACCAAAUUUAUGAUGAAGGUUCUGAAAAUCAAGCUGAAAAAACAUGUGAUCUUGAUCGUCCAAGUACCUCUGGAUUAAAACAAAUUAAUAAUAAAA